CUGCUUUUAAAGUUUUUAUUAAUUGUUAAAGAAAAUCAACAAAAAAUGUCUGGAGAUACUGCUUUGGUGUCAAGCAAUGAAAUAAAACCAGUUGCAACAUUUUCAUUGGUUGUUGGGGUGCUUUUCUCUGUGCUCGGCUCUUCUUUCCAGUAUGGUUACAACAUUGCUGUUGUAAAUGCCCCUGCUGAUGAAAUUAAAGAUUUUUACUUUGGAACUGACUGUCUCAACAUAACAUCGGCACCUCCAUUGAACAUCAGUAACUUAACAACGCAAGCAGCAGAAGUGGGACAAUGUGUAAAGCUAAAGUCCCACACCACUUACAGAGAAAACAUGUUCGCCAUCGCUGUGUCUGCUUUUGCAGCAGCUGGCAUGGUGGGUUCACUUCUGGUUGGCCCCGUGGUGGGAAAAUUCGGGAGGCGUGGUGCUUUCAUUGUGAACAAUGUCAUUUCCAUAGUCGCAGCCAUUUGCUUGGGAACAGCCAAGGCAGCUAACAGUUUCGUACUUAUUAUUAUCGGACGUGUCUUCAUUGGUGUCUUUGCAGGUCUAGCAACAGGUGUAGUACCGAUGUACAUUGGUGAAAUAUCUCCCAAACAAUGGCGCGGUGCUAUCGGUGUGCUUAACCAGUUACAUAUCACUAUUGGAAUUCUUGUUGCUCAGAUUCUCGGCCUCCAAGGCAUGCUCGGAAAUGAACAUACAUGGCCGAUAUUAUUUGCCUUUACAUGCGUCCCAUCCAUCAUUCAACUUAUUGCGAUCCCUUUUAUGCCAAAGAGUCCCCGUUUCCUCCUCAUCGAUGAAGGCAAGGAAGAUGAGGCAAGAAACGUUCUCGUAAAACUUCGAGGAACUGACAACGUUGUGUCUGAGAUGGAUGAAAUGAGAGCUGAGGCGUCUGCUCAAUCUGCUGAUGGUCAACUAUCCAUCCCACAACUGUUUCGAGAUCGCUCUGUUCGUUGGCAACUUAUCACUGUAUUGCUGAUGAUGGCCGCUCAACAACUGUCUGGAAUCAACGCAAUCUUUUUCUACAGCAACAAGAUUUUCAGCAAAGCAGGAAUUCCUGCGGGUAAACAACAAGAUCUCGCUUCUGUUGGAGUCGGUGUUGUCAACGUGUUAAUGACCGUUAUUUCGGUUGGCGUUAUAGAGUGGGCUGGUCGCAAAGCACUCAUCGUGUGGGGAUUUGGUAUGAUGAUAUUCUGGUGCGCCGCCAUGACUGUUGUACUUAGUCUGCUAAGUUUGAAUUUAACUUGGAUUUCUUACUUGAGCAUCGCUUGCAUGAUCGGAUAUAUCGUUGGAUUUGCUAUUGGACCAGGGCCGAUCCCAUGGUUGAUUACCGCUGAGCUGUUCCGUCAAUCUGCACGCCCUCCCGCUUUUAUGGUGUCUUGUCUUCUUAACUGGACUUGUAACUUUAUUAUUGGAAUUAGUUUUCCAGCCAUUGCUGACGCUACCGGGGCUUACGUGUUCAUUCUAUUCAUGUUCGUGUGCAUUGGUAUCACGGUGUUCCUUGCUAUUAUCAUGCCAGAAACGAAAGGAAAAACCUUUCAAGAAAUUAGCAACUUAUUUGCAAAGAGAAAUGGCGUACCCCCGAACGCGGGUGUUACAGUACACGAUGGUGAAGCUUCAAUUAAAAUUCCCCUGAAGUCGAUGGACAACGCCGAGCACGUUUAGGCGCCAAAAACACCCACAUACUUACGUCUAUCACCAUUCAAAUUCUACACCAAGAGCCUGUAUAUGGCUUACGCAGCUGUAUUUAGUGUUGCCAUACAUUUAAGAAGUUUUUACUGAAAUAACACUCUUUUUGGAGUAUUUUUUUGUAUUAAAACUAAAUAGGAAUUCGCAGGUGCACACAUCCAUAACGCUAGGUUUUCUCUAGGUGUAAUUUUAAUUUUAAAAACCUAAUAACAAAUAGGUGCACAUAGUUAUACACAGGUUUUACUCGUUAUUGUUAUUUAGUUAAUGUUUUUACAGUGGAAAAUUUUGCAGUUGUAAUAUGCUAACGCUUAGUAUAUUGCAUUUCAUCAACUCGUUACACCACUUACUAAAUAUAUUUCUAAUAUCUUGUUUUCCAAGCACAAUUUAGACAUUUUAACCGGCCGAUAUACAUUGUACGCAAAUGCACCGUUUACACAGUCCACUUUUACAAUUACACAUAUUUGUAAAGUAAGUUGAAACACUAUGAAUUUGCCAAUCACAAUGUGAAUCCCUCUGUCCGAUUUAACAACCACUGAAACGUAUUUUUGUGCUAUAAGGUUUUAAAUUAUCAACUGUUUUUUUGUUUUGCCCCGAGUUUUUACGCCAAUGAACAAGAUUUUUUGUAGUUUUAAAAAAAAUCCGGUGCAUUUUCCAAGUUUUUAAAAAUUUGCAUUUUUAAACAUGACCGCCCAAGUUUAUUUGAAAAACUAAUCUAACCAAAAAAUUAGGUGCAUUUACUUUUUAUGAGACUGUUCUUGACAUCUAUCGUACUAGAAUGCUGGCGGUAAAGUACGUGCAAUGCUUAGCACCUUUAACGUAUUUAUUAUGGUUAAUUGUAAACCAUUGGAGUUGCCGAAUUGUAUAUACAGUUCGUAUAUAAUUUUACUUUGCUUGCAUUUGCGUAGUGUACGUGCUCUAUAUAUGCUAACCAGCUAAUAAAUCUGUUUGGUAACUGUUACUUAA